AUGGAUGCCGGCUCGAUGCAGUGUUUUAGCAUGCAAGAUCUACAGUGCUUCCACCAUUACCUUCACGCGGCAUUGCCCCAUUUGCCUCUCGGAAGUGGCAGAUUAUGGGGCGAGGACAUCCCGCAAUUAGCGUAUUGCCGGCCAUACCUCAUGCAUGCCCUGCUUGGCCUAGGAGCGUUCCAUCUAAACGCGGUCUGCUCAGAGGACGGAAUUUUUCGUCAGAACGCGUUGGAUCACCGAAUUCGUGCGCUACGGAGUUUGAAGCAAGCUAUAUCGAACACGACGGUCGAGGUCAGCGAUGGAAUCGCAAUCCUUGCAGCUUGUUACGCCCUGACCUUCCAAUCAAUAUACCUUGCCAACGGUAUCGACGAUUACAUCCUGCUUGUCCGUGGCUGCUAUUUAACGACAACCGCGUUCCGCCACCAUGGGUCCAUCACGGCGCUGCCUGGUCAACAUCUCCACCUCAUCGCGCAAGAAUUGGAAAAUAUGCCGAAACCAAAGGCCCAAAUGAUACGAGCAGGCAUAGGAAGCCUCCAGCAGAUCAUACCUUUGCUUCAAAGCACGCCAGAACUUGAAUUCUAUAAGGGCAUUGAAGCCGUCUUUGCUGGCCUGCUCGAGUGUUCGCGAGUCGGAUAUGAACGAUUUAUAUCCCUGUACGAUGCCUGGACAACCCAAGAGAGCUUUGAAACUUUGAAAGACAACAACAACCUCACGAUGCGGCUACUUUUGUUCUUUUAUAUCCUGGAGUCCUUUAUGUUUGCUCCUUUCGCCCCUUGGGAUUUCCCUGAUGACGUCCCCAUAUCCGAACACAGACUAAACGGAAUGCUGGAAUGGUCCAACAGUAUCUGGGCAGAUCUGCCAGAAGGACUCAGAAGUUAUCUGCAGUGGCCGAAGUCCAUCUUUGAUAGAGCGAAGCUGAUCAAAGCUGACCGAACAGGACGGUCACUUUGGAAGGAUGCCCUCAGAAUUCUUUUCAUUGAUGGCGAGACGUGUUAG